UUGUCGCCUUCUCCCUCCUCCUGCAUCUUGCAUCUUGCAUCUCACAUCUCUCAUCGUACUUGUUCCCGCAUCAACUUUUUCUCGUCUCAAAGACUCAGAUACUAUUCUACGUCUCUUUUUUCGUUUAUUCGGUCUUAUAUCACAAUCGCCUUUUGCACUGCGUGCUCUUGACUACGACCUUUUCCCAUUUAUACCCACCUACCUUUUCUCAAAAUGUCUGUCGUCUCACUCUUGGGUGUCAACGUCCUAAACAACCCUGCCAAGUUCGUCGACAAGUAUGAGUUCGAGAUUACAUUCGAAUGCCUCGAGCAGCUAGAGAAGGAUCUCGAGUGGAAGCUCACCUACGUUGGGUCCGCUACUAGCGAUCAGUACGACCAAGAACUCGACUCCCUUCUCGUCGGUCCUAUCCCUGUCGGAGUCAACAAAUUCAUUUUCGAGGCCGACGCUCCCAACAUCUCCCGCAUCCCUGAUGCCGAAAUCCUUGGUGUCACCGUCAUUCUCCUGACAUGUGCCUACGAUGGACGUGAAUUCAUUCGCGUUGGUUACUACGUCAACAAUGAAUAUGACUCCGAGGAGCUCAACGCUGAGCCCCCCGUCAAGCCUAUCAUCGAGCGCGUGAAGCGUAAUGUGCUUGCAGAGAAGCCCCGAGUGACUCGAUUCGCCAUAAAGUGGGACUCCGAGGCUUCUGCCCCCGCCGAGUACCCUCCUGAGCAACCCGAGGCUGACCUUGUCGCCGAUGGCGACGAAUACGGUGCCGAGGAAGCUGACGAAGAGGCUGCUGAGGAGGCUGAAGAGGAGGCCAAGUCUAAGGGCAAGGCCUCCAGCGGGGAAGACGCAGAAAUGGCUGGCGUCGAGCACGAGGGAGAGAACGCCGCUGACGAGGACGAGCUGUCGGACGAUGGCAGUGUCGACAUCGAAGGCGAAAGUGAGGAUGAUCUCGAGGAGGAGGAAGAGGGUGAAGGCGAGGGCGAGGCCGACGGUGAUGCUAUGGAGGUAGACAGCGCCGAGAAGCCCGCCACAUCGACAGCCAAGCCCGUCAGCGUUGCGUCCUAAACACAUUUAUGGCGCAGGGAAUCACGUUGGCAUUCAUACUAACCAGGUGUUGGACAUUGCUUUUAAAGGCUUUUAAUAUUCGAGCAGGGAUUCAAUUGUUUAUAGAAGGUUAUGAGGACAUGAAAGGGAAUGAUAUCAGGCGGACGGCUUGGGUAUGGGGAGCUACGGUCGGUGGUCGUCAGGAAUGGACAUGUGCCGUACUACGCGGACGUGUAAAAAGUGUACAUUGCUACUGUAAGAUGUGCAGUUAUUGAUUAUACCAAAAC